UCUUUCAAAUAUAUAUAUAUAUAUAUAUGCUUGCUCUUGCAACAACAACCAUUUGAGGAAAAACCCUUUUAACAUAACAUAAGCAAAGAUCUUUGUUUGGUGGAGGGGGAGAAGAGAAAUUAGGGAAACAUAUAUCUAUUACAUGAACUACAAAUGACUUGCCCUAUACAACUCCACCGAUUCAACCCUACAACCGAUGCAUCCACCGCCAUAGCAAACGGCGUUAACUGUCCCAAGCCACCGCCGACGGCGCCGUCAACGCGACGUCUUUUGCCCAAAGGAAGCGUGCCGGAGGCGGCGGCGCGGCACCACACGCACGCAGUGGGGCCCGGCCAGGGCUGCUCCGUCGUGAUUCAGGCGAUCGAGGCGCCGGUCUCCGCCGUGUGGCCCGUGGUGCGACGCUUCGACAAUCCGCAGGGGUACAAGCAUUUCGUGAAGAGCUGCCACGUGGUCACCGGCGACGGCAUUCGCGUUGGCGCGCUCCGCGAGGUGCGCGUGGUCUCCGGCCUCCCGGCCGUUUCGAGCACCGAGCGCCUCGAGAUCCUUGACGAUGAGCGGCACGUGAUGAGCUUCAGCGUGAUCGGCGGCGACCACCGCCUGAGGAACUAUCGGUCUGUGACGACGCUCCACGGCGACGGUAACGGAGGCACGGUUGUGAUCGAGUCCUACGUGGUUGACGUGCCGCCGGGUAACACUAAGGAGGAGACUUGCGUCUUCGUGGACACAAUCGUACGGUGCAAUCUGCAGUCCCUCGCUCAGAUCGCUGAAAACAUGGCAAGUCAACACUGAACAAACAAACUCUUUUUUUUUUUUUUUCUUUUCCCUUUUCCUUCAUCGUUUAUUUUUGUUUCGAAUACGGCUUCGAAUCACGUUCCGUUCCGUGUUUGAAAUUGGUGCAAACCGACACCGUUAAGAUUUGUUUUUGGAGAACUCAAGAUCAGACUGCGAUGAUUGAAAUGAAUGUGACAUAUAAUAUAUAUAUGAUAUAUAUUAUAUAGUUCCUUCGUUCUAUCCAUCUCUUCUUUUAUUCAUUUUUCAUUCUACUGCCUCUUUUGUCUGAUCGAGGACUGCGAGUGCUUCAUUUGCACCGAAUCUAUGGUGUGCUCAAUUUGUAUUCAAUUUUCAUCUUCUUCCUGUAAUGUAAAUAUCCUUUUUUUCAUGUAGUAGAAGAGAAUGAUUCUAGUUGAAUUUGAUGAGAUUAUGUCA